AUGGCGUUCCAAAAGCCGUCGGAGAACCCGCCGCAGCAUGAGAUGGUGUACUUCCCCAACAUGACGACAAGUCUGCCGAGCGAGAGCGCGGAUUUCCGGCGCGUGCUGUUCACAGGCCUGUAUAGCCAGCUGGUGCUCAUGACCGUACCGGUCGGCGGGGAUAUUGGUGACGAGAAACACACAGUCGAUCAGAUCCUCACGUUCACGUCAGGCACCGGUCGCGCCACCAUCAACGGGAAGGACCAGGACGUCAAGGCUGGUGAUCUCAUCAUCGUGCCCGCGGGCACGCAGCAUCAGUUCGUCAACACCGGGCCCACGCCCCUGAUCUUGUACACGGUCUACUCCCCCGCGGAACAUAAGACGACUUCCGUCCAUAAGAGCAAGGAGCAGGGUGAUCAGGAAGAGGAGGAUGGUAUCGAUGUCGCGCCAGAGUGGAGCCAGCGUAGUAAGCAGGAGAAUGAGAAGUUGGGUUUGGUGGAGGGUGAGUAG